UCUCACCUCCCUCGACCUCAUGCGCCUCCACCACUCCCACCUCCAAGCGCUCCUCCUCCAUAUCUCACGCGCCACAUUACCCCUCUAAUCCCUCAACCUCUCCGGCCACCCCGCAAUUCCUUCAAAUGGGUUCCGAAUUUUGGCCAAAAAGGUUACAACUUUGAAGUCUCUCACCUAUUCCCACAUGGGUUCUCUCAGAAACUCAGAUCUCAUCCUCAUCGCCCAGUGUUUCCCUUUCCUCGAACAUCUCGACCUUAGUUUCCCCAAAGACACCGACAAUUCCACCUUCCCCUCCGAUGUCAGCGUGAAGGCCCUCUCUUUGGCCCUCCCUAUGCUACACAGCGUUGACCUCUCCCGCAAUUUCUUCAUCAACGACGCUUCCAUUCUCAACCUCUGCAAAAACUACAACUUUCUCGAGCAAGUUACGAUCUUUGAGUGCCACUUCAUCACGCAGCAUGGCAUCGCUUCCACCAUCAAGGAGAGACCUUGUUUGCGUUCUUUCCGCGUCAGCAACUUCCGCCAUCAGGGAGAGACCCUUGUUUUGCAAGGUUGUUGUAACUAUAGCUAUGUUGGAGUGCUUUGCUUGUUGUCCACGUGUCAGUCUUUGGAGCAUUUGGAUCUUCAAAACGCUGAGUUUCUGUGUGAUCAGCGUGUGGAAGAGUUGUGUGAGUAUCUUGGGAAUUUGGUGUCUGUAAAUGUUGGUGGUUGUAGGAUGUUAACUGAUUUAGCUUUGUUUGCACUAGUUAGGGGGUGUCCUUUGUUGAAUGAGAUCAGAAUGGGGGGAACUGAUGUUGGGAAGAGGAGGGUUGAUGAGGAUUUGAUGAAUAGUGUUGUGAAUUGUCAAGUGAAGUCUCUCUAUUUGGGAAACAAUUCCUUGUUGAGGGGUGAAAGUGUAGAAAUGUUUGCUUCUGUUUGCCCCAGUUUGGAGGUUCUUGAUUUGAGCUCUUGUUGUGGCAUAUAUCUGAAGGUGUUGAUGAAGUUUUAA